CCGUAACAAAUAGAGGGAAUAAUACUUGGGAGAUGUAAAUAUAUGAUACUAAAGCUUCAGUCUUGAUUGGUUUUCGCAGUAAUGUAUUCACUGUGUUUAUGUUUCGGACUUUUUGUAUUUUCAAGUGCAUAUGUUAACAUUGCUUUGAACAAAUCAGCAUCCCAGACGAACCCGAAGAUUGGUGAACUAUAUGACGCUAGUAACGCUGUAGACGGACGUAAAACAAACCUCACGUUAAAAGGUGGUCAAUGUGCUUCAUCAAAGGAAAAAAUGGAAACCGCCACCUGGUGGGUGAACCUGUCCAGCAUCAGUAGCAUUCAUCACAUUACCAUCUACUACAGGACAAACAACAAGCCAUGGCCCAGUUCACGUCAUAAACUUCCGUCGAGUUUUUUGGGUUUUUCGUUAUAUGUAUCCAACACAACAGAAAUAUCAGAAGGAAGGCUGUGUUUCAAGGACAACCAUUAUACAGUUACCACAAUACCUCCGGUUUUUACUGUCGUAUGUCCUAUGCAUGGACAAUAUGUCAUUUAUUACAAUGAGCGACUUAAAGGAGUUACAUAUUCUAGCGGGUAUAAUUCUGAAGCUCUCAUCAAACUCUGUGAAGUUGAAGUUUAUGGUUGUCCAGCAACAGGAUAUUACGGAUUUAACUGCUCCAUUCCCUGUCCAGAUGUCAACUGUCAGUACUGUCACAUAAGGACGGGGACCUGUCAAGGAUGUAAACCCGGGUAUCGAGGUCACAGAUGCGAAAUGUCUUGUGGCAAAGGAUUAUAUGGUGAUGGUUGCCUUGAAGCAUGUGGACAAUGUCGUAACCUUACGCAGUGCCUAAAAUCUAAUGGAUCAUGUUUAACUGGAUGCAAUGCUGGCUAUCAGGGGGCUAUUUGCAAAACGCAUUGCGACAAAGGUUCAUAUGGUGUGAAUUGCAACAGUACAUGUGGACACUGCCGUGACUUAAACCACUGCUUUCACGUUGAUGGGAUAUGUUUAACUGGAUGUGAUGCUGGUUAUAUUGGAGAGUUAUGUGAAAAAACUUGUGACAGUGGAUCCUAUGGUGUUGACUGCAAUGAAACAUGUGGACACUGUCGUGACCUAAACCAGUGUUUCUACAUUAACGGUUCAUGUUUAACAGGAUGUGAUAAUGGUUUUCAAGGGGAUAAGUGUAUCCAUCCUUGUGAAGGCGGAUUGUAUGGUGUAAACUGCAAUGAAACUUGUGGCCAUUGUAAGAACAUAACCCAAUGUUUUAAUGGCAAUGGAAGCUGUUUAACUGGGUGUAAACCCGGGUACCAAGAGGAGUUAUGCAAAUCACCUUGUGACAGGGGAUUGUACGGCAACGACUGUAACGAGACUUGUGGACAUUGCAUUGAUAUAGAUGAAUGCUUCCAUAUCAAUGGAACGUGCUUAACUGGAUGUGCUGCUGGUUAUCUGGGGGACUUGUGUAACAAAUCAUGUGAUAUCGGAUACUACGGAAGAGGGUGUCAACAGAAAUGCAGCAUAUUUUGCAAAAUAUCACAUGACUGCAAUCCUGUUUCUGGACAUUGCAACAUGGGAUGUAAAAAUGGUUGGAAAGGCCAUGAAUGUUUAGAAAUAUCAACAAUAACAACUGGGGUUGAUAGCUGGCUAGUUUUGUUUUACGGUCUCCUUUUUGUCCUCGCCUUUUUCGGCCUUGUCAUAAUCGUUGGAAUAUAUGCACUACGUAUGAUAUCGACUCGAAAGUUGUUGCUUAAUGACCAACAUUGCAACGAACUGGAUGAAAGGUCUAGCAAUGUAGUCGCCACCCGUGCCUCAGGAGCAUUUUUCUAUUAUUACCGAGAGAACGAUGAACCAGUUUGCACAUAUGUCUCAAGAACAGUUUAAUCCUGCAUACGAAGAUUCCUUGUGAAGAUGAACAUGAAUAUCCAACCACUGAAAACUCAUUAUAAUUCCUGGCCUUAUACUCAGCAUUGAUAUUGUACAAAGGAAUCACUUAGAUGAAUGGAAUGACGUCUUUUGUAGUUUUUGUUCCUUUUUUAUUCUAGGAGUAUACAUGUACAUUCAUUUGCACAAACAAAGAUCAAUACUGUUUUCAUUCAAAUCAGAACAAAGUCUCACGACUUAAAACUGUUUACCCUUUACAUAUGUUGUAUAAUGUAUGUCUAAAUGUUUGAUUAAAAUUGUUUAGCAUUCUAAACUGUAAUUAUAGAAGUGUUUCAAACAAUUUAAAUUAAACUGACCUUUUCUUUAAAUAUUUUUUUUUGUAAAA